CGUCAAAUGAUAAACAUUGAGUGAUGAAAGUGGCGUCCUCUUCUGGAUUUAAAUUGAAAUUUUAUCGAAUGUUUUUUUUUUCUUGGUUGAUUUUUUGAUGGAAGAAUGGAACAACAACGAGAAAAUGAAGAAGACGAAGAAGAUACUGAUGAUCCACGUAUUGCCGAAUUAAUUCUUAUCAAAUCAAUGUAUCCUGAAUUACGAUUACAAUGUUUAGAUGAUCAACUACAGCGAGCAAUCGAUGAACAAAAUUUUCAUUAUCAUCAUUUUGAUGAUGUAUCAUCAAUAACAGUAUUGUUCAAUGUUGAUGAAUCAUUGGAAUGUCGUUUGACAAUGUCUGUUGAUUAUCCAUCGUUGGAUUCGAAUUGUUUACAAAUUUUCUGUCAUAUUAUUUCGAAUAAAAAUCAACAAAAACAAUUGAAUGAACGUGUAGAAAAUGAAUUAAUCGAACGAAAUAGUUUGAUUCAAGUUGUACCGAAAAUUAUUGAAUUAUGGAAUGAAAUGAAAUCUUCUUUUUCGUCGGAUUCGAAAUCAAAAUCCAAUAAUGUUAAUAUUGAAAAACAAUCGGACAGCCACAGCAAUCAAAUUGAUCGUUAUUGGAUUUAUUCACAUCAUAUUUAUUCGAAAAUAAAACGUAAAUCAAUUAUCGAUCUAUGUCGUCAUCAAUAUCAUUUGAAUGGAUUUAUGUUGAUUGGAAAGCCAGGUUUGAUUUGUAUUGAAGGUCCCGGUGAUGAUUGUCAAAAAUUUUGGCAAACAAUUCGAUCAUGGAAUUGGCAACGAAUUACAAUGAUCGAUAUUGAAGAAAAUCUUAACAACAGUCAACAUUCACAAUCGAAUCAAUCAACAACAACAACAUUCGAAUCAUUCGUUGAAUAUAUUGAUCGUUCGGCUGUAUUUCAAAUGUUGGCAGCAAAAAAUUCGGAUAAAAUUAUUAAAAAUUAUUUAGGAAUUUAAUUUCAAUCAAGAAAACAUGGAUUAUUUUUUUUUCGUAAAAACAUCAGACACACAAAAUCAAAUAUAAUUU